UUUACAUUUUUAAUACAUUAAAUAUAUCAAAAAUAUUUAAAAAAUAUUAUUAUACUUUUAAAAUAUGCCCUUGGCAGAACUUAGUUAAAUCCAAAUAAUAACAACAGUAACUUGUUUGUUGUCCCAAUAAAGGAGAGGGAGCAAAGGGCAACGUUCAUUUUUGUUAUCUGUGUUGAAGUGAGCAGCAUCAAUGGCAGAGUACGAAGGUGAAGGUGUACCGAAGGAAACAGCACUGCAAGCAUUGAACACCAUAAUCCAGCUCCACUUCGAGAAGACGCUGGAGAAGAAGCGCGCCAUUGACCUCCAAAAGAAAGAGCUCCAGAAGCUCUUCCAGCUGCUCUUCAUCUUCCUCUCACUCGUCUUCUUGGCACUCUCUCAGUCACCGCAGCGCCUCCAAUGCCGCCACUGCUGGAUCCCCAUCACUCUCCUCUCCAUUGCACACCUCAUGUUCUACGUCUCCGUGGCACAGACCCUCAGGUGCAUCAAUGGAUUCAAGUACCAGAGGAGGUGCCACAAGCUCACACUUGGCUUGGCCACCGAGAAGCUCAGGGACAUGAAGCUCAGACUUGCCAACACUGACUUUGUUGCUGAGGAUGACUUUGAAAUUCACUACCAGGAACCACCUGACUCCUACUUUGGCAAGUUCAAGAGGAAUUGGGCUCUUCAUUUUGCCUUCUUGAUCUUCAUCUAUGGCUUCAUGGUCUCUGCCUCUGUCGUUCUUCUCUGCUUCUAGUUCACAUUUAAUCUCAGUCAAAUUUUCUUCUUUAUGUAUCUCUUAUCUUUUCUUAAUAAAUUUGAGUCUUUUUAUUACUUACCAAACAGGGGCCUAAAUACAUAAAGGUAUGUAAAUGUACACAAAAAGCAACUUUUUUAUUUGAAUCAAGUUACAGCUGGAUGUAUGAAUUCAUUUGGAAAUUGGAACACACAUCAUCAAUCAUCA